ACAUUACAUUCGCUGAAGCUGAUUCGCUCUCGUUUAGUCGUUUCGUUUGGUUUUGGUGGGUUCAAGAAAAUUAUCGAUUUAUAAAAGUUGGCGGGCGGAAGUGUUUUUUCUCCUAACAAUACAUAAAUAAAGAAUUUUAUUUUGUUAAAAUUGAAAUAUAAAACUUUUAAUAAUAACAAUGGGCCGUGUGAACAAGAAGAAAAUGGCACAAUAUAAUAAAGAAAACGGCGAUGGAGCUCUUGAUAAUUCUACAAAUGGCGAUGAGAAAUCUAGCGAUCGUUCCAGAGCGGACUCGGAUGCCGACGAAUCGAUUGCAUCUUCGAAAAAGCGCACUCCGAAGAGCACCCCGGUGCCUGAAGAUAAAGUUGAUGACGAGGAAGAGGAGCAAAUCGACGAUAUUGAUCGAAGUGAAGACAAGAAACAUGAUAGUGCUGACGAGGAAGAUAAAAGCGAAGUAGAGGCCGAGCCAGAGUUAAACAAAAGCACCCCUGUUGGCAAGAAACCUGCACAAAAACGAAAAGCUACAUCGCGUUCCAAGGCAGAUGAUGAUGAUGCCGAAGAAGACGACGCCGAAGCUAAUGGUGCUUCCCCAGCUAAAAAGACUCCCAACAAGAAAAAUGCCGGCAAAAAAGCAAAAGCCAAGCCGAAGUCGAAGAAACCAAAACCUGAAACAGAAGAUGAAGCCGAAGACGAUAAUGCAGAGGGAGAAGACGAACAGGAGUACGAGGUUAAAGAUGUAGUUGAUCAUAAAACAGAAAAAGGAGUUUCCUACUAUCUAAUUAGAUGGAAGGGUUAUGGUCCUAGUGAUGAUACUUGGGAGGAAGAGGGCACACUUUCUUGCCAGGAUCUCAUCGACAAAUUUAACAAAAAGAACAAAGAAACCAAAACGCAAAAAGCCAAACCAGCUUCAAAAAAAUCUGCCGCUGCAGCUAAAAAGGGCGCAAAAAAAGCAAGUGAAGAUCCCGAAAAACAAUGGGAAGUUGAUAAAAUUAUUGAUUAUUCAGAAGAGAAAAAAGGACGUGUCUUCCGCAUUCGCUGGAAGGGAUAUUCGGCUAAAUUUGAUACAUGGGAACCAGAAGAGAAUUUAAAUUGCGAUGAUCUUAUUGAGAAAUUUAUUAAAAAAGUCGACUCGCAAAAAGAUAUCUCAUAUAAAGAAUUACGAGAAGAACCCAAGAAAACCAAGCGAAUGGUUUCAGAGAGAUAUCUGAAAGCUGAAAAAGGAGCCCGAAAAUCUAAGCGAGCUGGUGGGAAAAGGAUACAGUAUGCGGACAGCGAUUAAAUUGUCAUUUUAAUUUUUUUAAGGCUUUACUUAGAGUUUAAGUAUUCGCCACCAGUUAAAUUGGAAUGCAAUGGUAUUGGAAGAAAUAUAUAAUAAUUAAUACUUUCUGUAGUUUUCACAAAAAAAAAAAAAAUAACAAUAAUUUGUUUGACGUAAAAGAUAAAAUGCAGACAAUUUUUGAUGUUCAAAACGUA